UGCUAGAAAGGGUUAUAAAGAUGAAGUAAAUGCUGAAUAUAGCAGAAUUCAUGAAAAAGUUGUAAUGUUGAAGACAGCUCAUGACAAUGUAGAGUUCAGUAAACAAGAAGAAGAUAAGAUAACAACUAUAAAAAGGUGUAAUAUAAUAAGAAAUAUGAAAAGAGUUAGUAAUAAUGAAACAUGGAUUAAAAAUAUAAAAGAAACAUCUACCAAUAUAAAUAAGAUAAAUAAUUUGACCAAAGUGCUUGUUAAUAAAGGGAAUUUAAAGAAUGCAUAUAAAAUCUGA